GUCCGAACGAGUAGUCACUUCUCUUAUCCCUAAACAUGCAGCUUUCUGUACUCCUGAGCGCACUUAUAUCUUUCGCCAUUCUUGCUGCAGCGUCACCUACGCCUGGAGCCAUCUCGAAACGUUCUUUUGAGCGACGGGAACUUGACACGAACUUUCAACGUGACCUCCUAGAAGAGCGCAAGGAGCUGAAGACUGACUUCGUACUAUAUCCUGGGUAUGACGGCCCAGGCACUGGAGGUAGGUAUAACUUAUUUGUCAUUUUUUCAUUUACGCAUUGUACCUUUUGCACCAGACAAGAAGCGCAAGGAACUCGGGUCGGGUAUUGAGUACGACGGGCACGACUAGGAUAAUAAACAGCGUAGCAAAAAGAACCAGAACACAAAGAAAGAGGACAGUCGUUUUGGAGUUGAUGAUAUCAGAGGCUCAACAGAGAAUAAAACGGGAGGAAAGGGGGAAGGGACGGUGCAGGACUGUUCUAUCCCGGAUUGGUCGAAGAUAAAUGCCCUCCCUCCUGUGUAGUAGAGAAUUCGGAACUUUGAAACAAAUUGCAUCGAUAGCCAUUUAGAUCGUACAACAUACAUGUAUUGAUACCAAGCUAAUCAACAACCUUUUAACAACCAGAUACAGACACAAAUCCACCUAGGCAGCUGCAAAAUA